CCAACUAAAAAAUUUCUUGCUUAACUCUCACAAUCUCUCCACCGAGCUUUACUCUCACAUAUCUACUCACUUCUCUCACAACCUCUUACCAAAAAAUGGCCUCUGAUGGUAAUUUUGUCUUGCUAGCCCAUUGGAACGGUGAGAUAAUGAUCAAGAACAAUGAGGUGGAGUACUCAUUGCAUUCAAACAAGGCCUUUGUUUUUGAUCUUGAUAUCUCAUUCGAGGAGGUCUUCAAUGAACUCAUUGAUGCUAUUGGUGAAGAUAAUAUCAAUUCCAUCAAAAACAUUUGGGGAAAAUAUCCCAAAUACAAGGAUGGAGUUUAUGCUGCUUCACGCACUAUCCCCAUUUCCGAGGAACGAACAUGGAGGUGUUUCGUUCAAAAGGCAACGAAGGAAUAUGAUGAACUUGAGGUUUACCUAGAUGCACACGAAGUUAAAGUGUUGGCUAACGAGGAAGAAGAAAUGGAGGAAGAGCAAAACCACCAAGCUCAUCACCACCAAGUUCAUCACCAACACCAAGUUGAUGAGGCGGGGCCGUCUAACACAACACGAGACAUGGAUGAUGAAGAUGACUCUGAGGAUCCGACGUACGUUGCUAAUUCUGAUCAAGAGAGCUCUUCAGAUGAGUCUGAAGUAUCUGGAUGGGUCUCUGAAUUCAAUAGAACAAUGCAACAAAUUAAGUCACAACGGGAGGAGGCAUAUGACUGGUUGUUGGCUUUGCCAUUAGAGAAGUGGGCACUCUGUUCCGAUGGUGGGGCUCGAUAUGGAAUCCUGACCACUAAUCUUUCAGAAAGCUACAAUCACGUGCUUAAGGGAUGCCGAUCUCUUCCGAUCGCAACCUUCUUCACGCAUGGGAAGCUCCGUGAUGCGAUGGGAACGCUCUACAUCAGCGUAUAUUCUUUGUUUUCCCUCUCAAUCGCUCCAAGCAUUGCCAGAGGUUAUCUAAGCCAAUUGGCUCGCAAUUCGUCUCCACAAGUAAUCAAGAACAGGAAAAUUGCAUUUGACUGUGUUUCUAGAGGUCGAGAGCAUGAAAAGCGAUAGAAAAGCAGAGAAUGGUCCAAAAGGAGAAAAAAGAAACUUCUCAUCCUCGCUUCAAUCUCUAACACUGUCACCCGGAAAAAACUCAGCAAACAUGA